AUGUCCGCUGAAGAAGAGAAGCAAUUUAUAGAAGAAGUCGAGGACAAAUCACAAGAAGACGACCCUGCAGAUUUAGUUUUAAUUUUCAAGAACCCCUACACCGAUCCUGACAAAGGCCUGCUGUGCCAGCUCAAUUCUUGGAUGAAAGAGAAAGAAGCCAAACAAUUUUACCGAGUCAUUUUCAAACUUCACAACAAAGAGACUGAAGUCCCUCUAUUAAAGCAGAUUGAAAAAGAAAUCGACCCCCUAAUAGAAGGAUGCGCUAAAGACGGCUGAGUAAAUCUCAGGGAUAUAGGCUCAUCCAUAAUCGAAAAUGUUUUUAAGGUUUUACAAGACCACUUGAAGCUAGAAAUUCAGCUCUUUUAUUCGAGAGACUGUGACGAAAUAUUUUGCAGAGUCACAUGUAGCGAAACUAACCUGAUGGCGCAGGCAGAACUCAUUGAGUACCCUCUUCAGUUUAAGAAGCAGACAAUGGAUUUGCAGGACUUCGAGCAGGUCUCACCAUAUGGCCCUUUUAAAAAGACGGAAAGCUCACUAAAACUAUAUAAGAGGUAUGAUGGCAUGGAAAUGGAGACUUCUGACAGUGAAGGUACGCUAUUCCAAUACAAAGACAGAGAAAGAAUUGUCUGGUCAAUUAUCAAGAGCAGCAUAGAUCUGGCUAACCUUCAAACAGAAGGACUACUAACUCAUGUGUUAGUAUUGCAUAGGAAAAAACAAUUAGAUUAUCUCAUACAAGACUGGGCACUCAACAAAAAUCCUUUUAAGCUCCAAAAUAUUGACAUGCUGAGGGAUUAUUUUGGUGAAAAAAUCGCUAUGUAUUUGGCAUGAAUUGAGUUUUUGACUGCGUUUUUGGCUCCUUUUGCUAUUAUUAGCAUUAUUUUAGGAAUCAUGUUUUAUGCUUUUAACGAUGAAGAUGACGAGGACGACUCACUUUCAGGUGGAGAAGUAACAAUUGUGAUUCUUGCUUUUAUGCUGCCUAUUUUAUCUACUCUUUACGAGCAAUUCUGGCUCCGAGAGCAAUCAAAGUUGGCUUGGCGCUGGGGUACUACAGGAAUUGAAGUCUUUAACGAGCAGAGGCCACGAUUUCGAGGAGAGUUCAAAAUAGAUAAAAUUACUGGAAGAAUGAAAAAAGUCGUACCAGCUAGUCAUUGGACCACAAGGAAAGCGAUUGGGUUUUCUGUCUUAGCACUUUUCAUCGCACUUGACUUGUUCUGUGUGAUUAUUUUGUUUGCUUAUAGAUCUACCUUAGAUCAGAGAUCGUGGAAAGUUACAGCUGUAGGAGUAGGAAAUGCAAUCGAAAUCAAAAUUUUUAACUUCAUUUACUCAAGAGUCGCAAAGCAACUUAAUGAUUGGGAAAACUAUGAAACUUAUAAUGAUUAUAAUGAUAUGCUCACUCUUAAACUUUUCUUGUUUCAGUUUGUCAACUGUUACUCUAGCUUAUUUUAUAUUGCUUUCUGCAAAGGAAACUUUGAGGGGUGCGUUGAUGAAGAUUGUAUUUAUGAACUUAAAAGGCAGUUUGAAUCAAUUUUCAUUACAAAUUUCUGCUUAAACCUAGUAGAAAUUUAUUUACCAUUGCUAACUACUAAGUACAAAAUUUGGUCUGAAGAGAAAAGGGUCAAAAAACUCAGAGAAAAAGAUCCUAACUAUAGAAUCAAAUUAACUCCAGCCGAAUUCCAAGCAAAAUUAUCUAAAUAUGACUCUCCCUUAUCUGUAAAAUUUAUGUAGGAUUAUAUGGAAAUUAUUAUGACAUAUGGGUAUGUCAUUCUUUUUGGAGCCAGUUUUCCAUUUUCUUUGGCUUUGCUUUUCUUUUUAAUUUUUAUAGAAAUUAAAGUUGAUGCUUGGAAGUUGUGCACGCUAACUCAAAGGCCAUACCCCCAGAGGUUACAUUCUAUUGGAAUUUGGCUUCAGAUUAUUCAGGCGAUUUCUUUUAUUGGGGCAGGGACAAAUAUUGCAAUAAUAAUAUUUACCACUGAUGCUUUCGAAAUUGAGGAUACCAAAAAUAAAUGGUUGAUAUUCCUUAUUCUUGAGCACAGCUUAGUUAUCCUGAAAAUAGUCCUGAAUGUCCUGAUCCCAGAUAUCCCAAUUAUUGUGAUAAAAGGCCUUAUGUGAAGUAAGGUUCAAGUCGACGAAAAACUGUACGGAAAAUUUUCUGAUGUAGAUAAAUGAAGGAGCCUCAAAAACCUAAAGUUUGAGGACCCUCCAAAUUACCAAAAAGUUACGACAGACUUCAAAUCAAUUCCUUUUCAACUGAGUAAUUAA